CACGUCUUUGGUCGACAAGCAUUGUUCCUCGUGAUCAAUGUCGCAUUCUCCAUGUCCAGCAGGCUCAUAUGUCGGGCACUGCAACUCGGCCAUGGCUCUCUGUGCCAAAGAUCCUUGAGAGACCUCCCUUGGAAGCCUUCGAGCACAAACCCACCAUGCCUUGCACAAUCAAGAUGUUACACGUGCACUCCACGCUUUGCAAUUCCCAAAUCAACUGAUCAAUCCCAAUACUCGACCAAAGAAGUUCAGGAACGAGCUGAAGAGCUACACGCCUCUGGCAAGAACUUGUAUCCUCGAUAUGCGCACACAUCCAAGAGCAGGAGUGUCAAAUCACUUGCUCUAGAAGUGGAUACCGUCCCCACGAGCGAUGGACCCCCACCAGUCAAAGAGGAGGAUCUCAUCCAAGUGUUUGGCCGAAUUACCUCUAUCCGAACCAGUGGAUCCAAGCUUGUCUUUAUUGACCUUGUUGAGGAUCAAGUAAAGCUCCAAGUCAUCCUCUCAUAUUCAGCCUUUGAGUCGCAAGGGAUCUCCAAGGAUGAAUUCAAAAAGACCACUCACCUCGCUCGACGUGGUGAUUGGAUUGCUAUCAACGCAAGUCCACCAUAUCGCGCCAAAAAUGGCCAAGUCUCAGUCAAGGCCACCAGUCUUCCAGAGAUCCAAUCGCCAUGUCUGAACCGAUUCCCCGUCGAACAACGAGGGUUUGCGACGAGCGAAGCUGCAGAGGGACAGUUCCACCCUCGUCAUCUCGAAAUGCUCACCGAUCCAGAAGUAAUCGAGACAUUCAAGCUUCGAUCUCUCAUCACCAAGACCAUGCGCGACUUCUUUGUACAAAAGUCCUUUGUGGAAGUGCAGACACCUAUCUUAUCUGGCCUUGCAAGCGGAGCCGUUGCUCGACCAUUCGAGACCUACGCGACCGAGUUUCCUGAUCGUAUCCUCAACCUCCGCAUUGCACCUGAGCUCUGGCUUAAGAGGUUGAUUGUAGGAGGGAUGGAUCGUGUCUUUGAGAUUGGCCCCUCCUUUCGAAACGAAGGUCUUGACAAGACGCACAACCCUGAAUUCUCAACCUGCGAAUUCUACGCCGUGCGUCAUGAUCUGCCACAACUCAUGGAAUAUACUCAAGAUCUUCUCGCUGCAAUGGCUCAGACAGUCCAAUCUUCAGGAUUUGUCCAGUCGCCAGAAACCCUAUCUCUUCUAGGAACCAUACAAGGAGAGUACCAAGUCAUCGACUUCAUCCCCGCCUUGAACGAAGCCCUCGACCAAACCCUCCCCGACCUCACUUCCCCCACAGCUCACGCUGAACUUCUCACUAUAUUCGAAACAAAAUCUAUUCCUCUACCAUCUCAUGCCAACAUCCCACGCCUUCUCGACACUCUAUCCUCCAUCUAUCUCGAACCUCGAUCUCUGCACACUCCAACUUGGAUCAUCAAUAUUCCUGAAUGUCUCUCCCCACUAGCCAAAUCAUUCAAACAUCCCACCCUCUCAACCUUCACUUCGGUUGCCGCUCGUGCCGAACUAUUCAUCUCUGGAAAGGAAGUCGUCAAUUGUUACGAAGAGGAGAAUUCUCCGUUUGAACAGCGAAAGAAGUUCACUGAUCAACAAUUCUAUGCUCGUCAACAACCACCCACAUCACCCUCGUCCUCAUCAUCGCCUUCGAAAAACCCCGCUAUCGACUCUGAAAUAACUCCACCAGAUGAAUCAUACCUUGAAGCUCUCGAAUGGGGUCUCCCUCCGACAGGUGGAUGGGGAUGCGGUAUCGAUCGUCUCGUCAUGCUGUUCUCAGGAAAACGCAGAAUCGGCGAUGUAUUGACAUUUGGGAAUCUGAGAAGUGUUACUCGAGGAGCGAGUAAUGUCAAGCAAGAGAAAGAGAAGAAGGGAAUUGAUAUGACAUAAUCCCUUGAAUACAGAACUAUGUACUUUUAGCAAAUGACCGAAUGAUGAUAUAUACCUGAUGGGCCCGGCCUGGUCUGAUUUGAUCUAAUCUAGCCCACGAUGUAC